AUGGCUUUCAAUAUAAGUAAUGUUAUUGAUGACUCCCGAUGUACCAAGGACCCUAGUACCAAGGACCCUAGUACCAAGGACCCUGGUACCAAGGACCCUAGUACCAAGGACCCUAGUACCAAGGACCCUAGUACCAAGGACCCUAGUACCAAGGACCCUAGUACCAAGAACCCUAGUACCAAGGACCCUAGUACCAAGGACCCUAGUACCAAGGACCCUAGUACCAAGGACCCUAGUACCAAGAACCCUAGUACCAAGGACCCUAGUACCAAGGACUCUAGUACCAAGAACAAUAGUACCAAGGACCCUAGUACCAAGGACCCAAGUACCAAGAACCCUAGUACCAAGGACCCUAGUACCAAGGACCCUAGUACCAAGAACCCUAGUACCAAGGACUCUAGUACCAAGAACCCUAGUACCAAGGACCCUAGUACCAAGAACCCUAGUACCAAGGACCCUAGUACCAAGAACCCUAGUACCAAGGACCCUAGUACCAAGGACCCUAGUACCAAGGACCCUAGUACCAAGAACCCUAGUACCAAGGACCCUAGUACCAAGAACCCUAGUACCAAGGACCCUAGUACCAAGGACCCUAGUACCAAGAACCCUAGUACCAAGGACCCUAGUACCAAGGACCCUAGUACCAAGGACCCUGGUACCAAGGACCCUGGUACCAAGGACCCUAGUACCAAGGACCCUAAUACCAAGAACCCUAGUACCAAGGACCCUGGUACCAAGGACCCUAGUACCAAGAACCCUAGUACCAAGGACCCUAGUACCAAGGACCCUAGUACCAAGGACCCUAGAUCUCGAGAGGUCGUCUCCUUGGAACAAGGAAGACUUUUCACCCAAUCAUCAGAAAAGGAGCACCUAGGAACUAGGAAGCUGUUACCUUAA